AUGGGCAGUGGAGAUAACAUUAGAGGCGAGACUAGAGAUGCAGUGGUGAGGUCCGAGGGUAGAGCGCCUACGAGGACUUAUGCUAUCCGUGCCUGUGAAGAGGUAGAAUCUCCGGACGUGAUUACGGACUAUGGAAGAAAAAUAAUUCAGUUAAGAUGUGAGGAUGGUGAUGUUCUUCAAGUUUGGUCAGAUAACCUGUCUGUGAUUUUGAGGGAUAAACAACUUUAUGCCAAGUUUAGUAAGAGUGAGUUUUGGCUUAAGGAGGUCAAGUUUCUAGGAGAUAUAGUGUCGCGUGAUGGAAUCCGAGUUGAUCCAAAUAAGAUCUCCGCCAUUGUGGAGUGGAAACCGCCGAGGAAUAUGAUAGAGGAGAACGUAGUCACUGACAUUUUGAGUAAUAAGUCGUUGUUUGCCUUGAGAGCCUUGAACGCUCAAUUGACUACAUCUAGUGAUGGAUCGGUCCUAGAAGAGUUGAGAGCUAGACCGACUUUCCUUCAUGAAAUCCGUGAAGCUCAGAAAGAUAACGAGAAACUACAAGCCAAGAGAACUCAAUGUGAAUCAGAGAUUAAGUCAGAUUUUCGUAUUAGUACUGAUGGGUGUAUAAUGUUCAAAGACAGAAGAGAUGCAGUAUGUGUUAUUGUUGAUAGACUCACUAAGUCAGCACACUUCAUACCAGUGCGUGUCGACUACUCCCUUAAGAAGUUGGCAGACUUGUAUGUUUCUGAGAUUGUGAGGCUUCAUGGUGUGCCGUUAUCGAUUGUAUCUGAUCGAGACCUGAGGUUCACCUCGAGAUUUUGGAAAAAGUUACAAGAGGCUCUAAGAACCAAGUUGAAUUUCAGUAGGACAUUUCAUCUGCAAACUGACAGCCAGUCAGAAAGAGUAAUACAGAUCUUAGAAGACAUGUUAAGAGUGUUAAAUGCUAAGCUAACUUUGAAUCGAGAUGGUUCUGUUAUAGUUGAACUGAAAGCUAGAUCAUUGUUUCUUCAGAGAACUCAGGAGUUGCAAAAUGAUGACCUGAAAUCGAUAGUUAAACGAGAACGGAUUCAGAGUGAUCAAUCUACAGAGUUCAGUGUUGGUAUGAGUGGUAUGUUAUAUUUCUGUAAUAGAUUGUAUGUUUUGAAUAAUUUGGAGUUGAAACAAUACUUUUUGUCAGAGGCUCACAGUAGUACAUACUCAGUUCAUCCGGGUAGUACUAAAAUGUUCUAUGAUUUGAAAUAG